AUGAGUAAUACAAAGAAAACCAGUCAACCAUCGAUUGCUUCUUUUUUUACAAAAAAAGGCCAGGCACCUGUGAUUUCGCCCAAAAAAGAAGCAAUUAAAUCCCCAAUUACUGUUAAGAAUGAAGCACCAAUCAAUUCUCCUUCAUCAGAUUCAGAAGAUAAGAUUAUUCCAACGAAACGUGCGCAAAAGCGUGUGUUAAGUUUCGACGAAAGUAAUUCAUCAACGGAAAAUGCCAAAGAAUCACCUGUGAAAGCUGUGAAACAAAUCAAAAUCACUGAUACAAAAACAGAAGUUAAAGAGGAAGUCCAGACAGUAGUUCCUAAAAUUGAACAACCAACAACGACAAAUGCUGCACUUGAACAGAAAAGUGUUGCUGAUCCACAGUCAUAUAAUCCCGGUAAAACGAAUUAUGAUCCUGUCAACGAUGCUUGUUGGAAAAUCGGUGAAAAUGUUCCGUACAGUGCUUUGUCAGCAACGUUAUUAUUAAUUGAAGAAACUUCUGCUCGUUUAGAAAUUAUUCGAAUCUUAUCAAAUUUCUUUCGUUCAGUUCGAAGUUUAUCAGCCAAUGAUUUAGUAUACAGCGUUUAUUUAUGUGUUAACAAAGUAGCACCAGAAUACGAUGGCAUUGAAUUGGGUAUUGGUGAAACUAUUAUUAUCAAAGCAAUUGCUGAUAGUACUGGUCGCACGAUGGAUCAAGUAAAAGCUGAUUACAAAUCGAAAGGUGAUUUGGGACUGGUCGCUGAGACAUCUCGUUCAACGCAACGGACGAUGUUUAAACCUAAACCAUUAACAGUAUCGCAUGUCUACAAAAAAUUAAAAGAAAUUGCUCAACUAACCGGAAACAAGAGUCAACAACGUAAAAGCGAUAUUAUCAAAAGUCUUCUAGUUUCUUGCCAAUCUCAUGAAACUCGGUAUCUUGCUCGAUCAUUGAUCGGCAAACUUCGUAUCGGUUUAGCUGAACAAUCGAUGCUUGUUGCGUUGGCACAUGCAUGUAUUCGUCACGAUUAUUCAGAUUUAAAAGAAACAGCAUUGAAAGAACGUCUCGAUGCUGGUACACUUGCUGUUAAAGAUGCAUUCUGUCAGUGUCCAUCCUAUGAUAUACUUGUCGACGUGCUUGUUAAUAAAGGUGGUAUUAAUUAUUUGAGAGAAUUAUGCAAGGCAACACCAGGUAUACCAAUGAAACCAAUGUUAGCACAUCCGUCUAAAGGUAUCGAAGAAAUAUUAAAACGUUGUGGACAAAGUGAAUUCGCAUGUGAAUACAAAUAUGAUGGCGAACGUGCACAAAUCCAUUUAACAGAAGAUAAAAAGAUUUAUAUUUAUUCACGAAAUUCAGAAAAUAAUACAUCAAAAUAUCCGGAUAUUAUUGAGCGUAUUCAUAAUGCAUUCCAACCACAAGUGAAAUCAUUGAUUCUGGAUGGAGAAUGUGUUGCCUAUGAUAUUGAACAGAAGAAAUUAUUACCCUUUCAAACAUUAUCAACUCGGAAACGAAAAGAUGCAGAUAUUAAAGAAAUUAAAGUUCAAGUUUGCAUAUUCGCAUUUGACCUACUGUAUUUGAACGGCGAAUCAUUGGUUGAAAAACCAUUUCGCGAACGUCGUCGUCUUUUACAUGAAUCACUUCGUUGCAUUCCCGGUGAACUUGUUUUUGCUGAAUCACGUACAACAUCGAAUAUUGAUGAAAUCAAUAUGUACUUGGAGCAAUCGGUGAAAGAUGGUUGUGAAGGUUUGAUGGUGAAAACAUUGGAUGAUGAUGCAACUUAUGAAAUUGCUAAACGAUCACAUAAAUGGCUCAAAUUGAAAAAAGAUUAUCUCGAUGGCGUUGGAGAUACGCUCGAUCUCGUCGUCAUUGGUGGUUAUACAGGUACAGGAAAACGAACCGGUGUCUAUGGAGGAUAUUUAUUGGCAUGCUAUGACAAAGAUAACGAAGAAUAUCAGUGUAUUUGCAAACUGGGUACUGGUUUUACUGAUGAAUUACUUGUGUCACUUGGUAAAUCAUUGGAGCCACAUAUUAUUCCUAAGUCACUUGCUUAUUAUCGUUAUUCGUCAUCCUUGACGCCGGAUGUUUGGUUCGAUGCUGCAAAAGUCUGGGAAGUCAAAUGUGCCGAUCUGUCUUUGUCGCCUCAUCAUCAUGCAGCAAUUGGUCUUGUUGACGAAGGAAAAGGUAUUUCACUUCGUUUUCCUCGAUUUCUUCGCGAACGAGACGACAAGUCAGUCGAAGAUGCAACAAGUGCUGAACAAGUAGCUGAUCUCUACCGACGACAAGAAAAAAUCAAGAAAAUGGAUCCAGAUAAUCAAGAUGGCGAAGAAGAUGACAUGUAUUAA